AAUGGAUACUUUAGACGACUCUUUGCAGUACAACUUAACCGAACAGUCUGGCUCGCAGAGCAGUGAAGAAGACGAAGAUACGCGUUCAGUUUCGAGUGGUGAGAGUUUCGAAGCCAUUCCCGACACAGAAGGAGACGAUGAUGAAAAUGAAAACCAAUUUAUUCCAACCCAACCCCGUUUAGAAGAAAUACAGCCAGCUGAAACAAGAGAAGAUUCUUCGUCUUCAUCAUCUUACGACGAGUCUCCCACUUAUGUUUCGAUGAUGGGAUCUGAAAUCGAGGUUCUGGAAUCGACUGCGGGAACUGAGUCUAUGACGCAAUCUGAUUACGUAAUGACAGCAAGUUUGGAUGCUUCAGUGUCAAAUGAAAUAGCUGAAGAAAGUGCUGGGCAAUCUAGAGGUGGAGCUACGAACGAGGAGCUUGCUGAAGUUGUUGAGCUGAUUGACUCGUUUAUAAAACCAAUCUCAGAGCAGAACGCAGCAGAUGGAAUCGAGGUGAUCGACGUAGACGAAUCGAAUUAUUUUCCAAAUCUUAACGGAGCUGGUGACCACGAGGCAUUAGGAAGAUCUCUCGAUACCCUGCAAUCACAACCCACAACAGUUGUCACGACAUCGGGAGCUGCCAAAUUAGAGGACCUAAGAGCAUUCGAUGAAGAUGACAGUGACGAUGAUGAAGAUUUCGAAGAUGAAACACUUGCUGAAAGACUUUGGGGUUUGACUGAAAUGUUUCCAGAAACAGUACGUAAUGGGUCUUCAAAGAUAUUUGAUUUUUCCAUAGCAUCUACAAAGUUUUGCUACACUUGGAGUCGCAAGACUCUUUGGGUUGUUACUACUGGGUUCAUUAUUCUGUACUUGCCAAUUGCGAUAGAAACAGAAAGAAUGGCGAUGGAAAAGGAAGGAUUAAAUCAAGCUCAAGACGUGCUAUUGGGGGCUAAUAAAAGUGAGGAAAAAAGUUUUGACCACUCAGCACCGCCGAUGCCCAAUGUUCCUCUUACUGCCUGAUCUCAAUGGAACACUAAAACAUAUUUUUGAAAAGAUCUUAAUAAGUUUCACCUUAAAUCAUGGUACCAUCACCAGGUCUUGACUGCAUAAGUAUGAAAGACAAAUAGUGUCAGUGAAUACCAAUCGGCUGACGUGAACUAGAAUUGUCACUAGAGUUUGAAAAAGGUGAAAUUUCUUGGGCUCUCUAAUCUGUUUGUACUCCUCGUACUAUGAAAAAAUGAAAUUUAGACUCUAUGAACUUAAAAAUUGCGAAAUUGAAUUUGAUCUUGCACC